AUGUCCAAUUCUCAAAAUUUACGACGGUCUUGUAGAUUACAAUCUCGUGUUAAAGAACGAGGAAUUACGAGGUAUUUGUCGGAUGAAGAUGAAACUUCGUCUUCAGUAUCAUCAGUUGUUAUGACAAAGGACUUGAGUGAUAUUGAGGAGACAGUACAAAAACCAGUUGAAUUAUUCAAUAAUGAUGAUGUCAGUGGUCAGACAUUAUAUAAAUUUCAAACCCCUAGUAAGAAAAAUGCUAUGACACAAAAGGCAAACUUAUGCCGUACACCCCUUAGUUCAAGGAAGCAAACAGGUCUAUUACCAAAAAUUGUUCUUGAAAGGAUGGAUGUACAAAAUAAAGAAUUAUCAAAAGGGGAUAAUAAUAAUGCAAGAGUUUCACAAGUUCGUAGAAGAUUUGAGGGUAGAAUAAGUGCAAGUGAAAGUGAAAGUAUAUCUGAACCAAGCGAUUACGUGCCAUCUGAAGAGGAAUCUUCAGAUGAAUCAAGUGAAAACAAUAGUGAUGAGUCUAAUAAUGAUGAAGAGGAUAAUAUUAAACUAAAAACUCUAAAGCACAAAAUUAUAUUCCAGUCAAGUUUAUUAAGUACACCAAAGAAAAUGAGUACUAGGAAUAAACCAACAGUUAUUUACAAAGAUUUUCAUAUGAGAACAGAUGAGUAUUUUCAAACUCAGUCAGAAAAAGUGAUUACAUCUGAUAAAACAUUAGAACAUUUGCGUAAUUCUCGUUUAACAAAGGAACAGUUGGAAGAAUUAUUAGCAAACCAGAGUUAUAUAUCUAGACGACAUAAAAAAAAUAUUUGUUCAUUAACUGAAAGCUAUGCUACAUUGUUUCCCAUGUGGUAUUUUAUAAUGGAGCAAGGUUACACUGUGUUACUGUAUGGUCUAGGAUCAAAAAGAUGUUUAAUUAAUAAUUUUUAUAAAAGUAUAUCUUAUCAUCCUUCAUUGGUAGUGAAUGGAUUCUUUCCUAGUCUGACUGUAAAGGAUGUAUUGGAUGGUAUAAUUGUUGACUUAUUAGAAUUAAGUUCCCCUACCGAUACAAGCGCAUGCAUAGACCUUAUUGAGAGGACUUUGAAGAAAAAUCGAAAAUGCAGACUUUACUUGUUAAUACAUAACAUUGAUGGUAUAAUGUUACGUUCAAAUAAAGCUCAAGACUUGCUGUCUUGCCUUGCAAGUAUACCAAAUGUUUGUGUCCUGGCAUCGGUUGAUCAUAUCAACGCAACGUUACUAUGGGAUCACAAAAAGCAUUCAAAAUUCGAUUUCUUUUGGUGGGACACAACCACAUUUUUGUCCUACCAAGAAGAAACAUCUUACGAAAGUUCACUUUUAGUGCAACAGAGUGGUACUUUAGCUUUAUCGUCUCUUCAUAACGUGUUUCUUUCCUUAACUUCAAAUGCUAAAUCGAUUUACAUACUACUUGCUAAGUAUCAACUGAGUAACAGUAGUAAUGUCAAUUUUACCGGGAUGGCAUUUAAAGAUCUCUAUCGUGCUGGGCGGGAAGGUUUCCUCGUGAGUUCAGAUUUAGCGUUAAGAGCGCAACUGACGGAAUUUAUCGAUCACAAGCUAGUGAAGGUGAAACGUAACAUUGACAGCGUCGAACAUCUCGUAAUUCCGUUGAGUAACGUGCUACUGAAACAGUUCCUGGAGGAACAUGAACCGUGAUGUUUCUA